AUGUUAAAAUCUCAACCACUUCUAUUAGAAAUUUCAGAAAAUAUUCAACAACAACGAAUCAAUGUAGAAAAUGAUUCAGAUCUUAUGUUUUCGAUUAGAGACGGAUAUCACGGUUAUCGAUUUGAUCAAGAUAGUCUUUUAAUCCAGUUGUAUUUGGAUGAUAUUGGUUUGACGAACCCACUUGGUGCAAAACGUGAUAAACAUAAAAUGACUAUGGUUUAUUUUUCUUUGGAAGAUGUUCCCGAUAAAUAUCGAUCCAAACUUGAUUUCAUUCAAUUAGUUGCUGUUUGUGAGAGCAAAACUCUCAAAGAUGACAUCAAAGCUCAGCGUUUCUUUGCACCGAUAAUUGAAAAUUUAAACAAGUUACAAUUACAUGGUAUUUCAAUUAACGGCAUUCAUCUUACAUUUUCUUUUUCUACCGUUGUCGCUGACAAUCUAGCAUCCCAUUUUGUAGGUGGUUUUCAAUCUUGUUUCAGUAGUGGUCAUUUUUGCAGAAGAUGUUAUAUUACAUAUCCAGAGAAGAAUUUACCAAUUCCAUUAUCACAAAUUCCAACUCGAUCAAUGAUUGACCACGAUGAUCUUGUUGAUAAGAUCAUCAAUGAUCCUAAUAGAGUAUCUUUGAAGGGUGUUAUUGGACCAAGUCCUUUACGGGAGCUGAUUGGUUUUCAUGCGAUAACAUCAUUACCACGAGAUCUUAUGCAUGAUUUUAUUGAAGGGAUAUGUCCAAUGAUAAUAAUUUCUUUACUCAAACAAGCGUCUGCAUUACGAAUUUUAACAUAUAGUGAGAAUGCUUUUGUUUUUUAUUAA